AGUUACGUUUCGACGGCCAACGCGUCGAGUGCUCCGCUCUCAGCCCUCGAAUUCAGAAAUUCAAUAUAAUUCCCACAAAACGCUCUCUCGCGCUCUCUUCACUGUCUGUGUUAACGGUCGUGGCGCGUCGCGUGCGUUUGUGUUAGUGUGCCAGUUAAACAAUGGGAAAUUGAUUCACACACCUAAACAGCUACAAACAUCUAAAGACGAAAAGUGUUAACCAAAUAUUUAAUAAUUUGUGCAAUCACUGGCGUCGAAACAAACUGAAAUUUUUUAAUAAUUUUUUUUCGUGUGCAACCGUAAACAAACCAAAGAAGUUAAACGGAAGAACUUGGGAGCGGGAAAAUCUACGACUACCAACAAAAAAUAAAGCGAUAAAAUGGGUGAACUGCGAAAAUCGCUGCCGCUGCCUUCAAUCAGCGUCUUUAUAGCUCUGCUCCUCUGCUGCUGCUCUUUAAUAGAACUGACCCAAGCGCAGCAACCGAUCCUGGAGAUCUAUCCCAAACAGGAGGUCCAGCGCAAACCAGUGGGCAAGUCCAUGAUCCUCACAUGCCGCCCCACAGUUCCCGAUCGCGGUUUGGUCGCCGAUCUGCAAUGGAAGGAUAAUGCCAACAACACCAUCCCGCCGAAGCCGAAUUACUAUCCACUGUAUGAUUCCAAGGGCAAUAGAAAGAAACUGAUUGGACGCAACCAACCGCCGAUGUACACGGAAACGCUGCCCGGCGAUAGUUUGGCCCUGAUGAUUACCUCGCUGUCCUCGGAAAUGGGCGGCAUAUACUACUGCACCGCCUCCUAUGCAAAUUCCGAGAUCCUCGUGAAGGGCGUCACAAUUAAAACUUACGUGGCCAUUACCUGGACAAAUGCCCCCGAGAGCCAGUAUCCCACUUUGGGACAGGACUAUGUGGUGAUGUGUGAAGUUAAGGCCGAUCCCAAUCCGACCAUCGACUGGCUGCGCAACGGCGAUCCGAUCCGCACCACCAAUGAGAAGUACGUGGUCCAAACCAAUGGCCUGCUCAUCCGCAAUGUUCAGGAGAGUGACGAGGGAAUCUACACCUGCCGUGCGGCCGUAAUCGAAACCGGAGAGCUUUUGGAACGCACCAUUCGCGUGGAGGUCUUCAUCCAGCCGGUGAUCGUAUCGCUGCCCGUCAAUCUGGAGGCCAUCGAGGGUAAAUCCUUUGCUGCCAACUGCACGGCGACGGGAAAGCCAGUUCCGGAGAUCAGUUGGAUUCGCGAUGCCACCCAAUUGAAUGUGGCCACCGCCGAUCGCUUCCAGGUGAAUCCCCAGACGGGCCUGGUCACGAUUAGCUCCGUCAGCCAGGAGGAUUAUGGCACCUACACUUGCUUGGCGAAGAACAAGGCCGGCGUGGUCGAUCAGAAGACCAAGCUGAAUGUCCUGGUUCGUCCGCACAUCUAUGAGCUGUACAAUGUGACUGGUUCGAGGACCAAGGAGGUUGCCAUCACCUGCCGCGCCAAGGGACGUCCUGCACCGGCGAUCACCUUCCGUCGCUGGGGAUCCGAGGAGGAGUACACCAGUGGCCAGCAGGAUGACGAUCCGCGCAUCAAUUUGGAGACCGACUUCGACGAGGAACGUGGCGAGAGCACCGGCACCCUUCGCAUCGCCAAAGCCGAACGAGCCGACGAUGGCCUGUACCAGUGUAUUGCCCGGAACAAGGGAUCCGAUGCCUUCAAAACCGGACACAUCACGGUGGAAUUCGCUCCGGACUUUAGCCACAUGAAGGAUCUGCCGCCGGUUUUCUCGUGGGAACAGCGCAAGGCGAAUCUCAGCUGCCUGGCCAUGGGCAUCCCGAAUGCCACCAUUGAAUGGUACUUCAAUGGCCGCAAGAUCAAGGAUCAGUUCGACACCAACCUGAAGAUUGUGGGCACUGGUCCUCGCAGCGAUUUGAUUGUCCACCCGGUCACCAGACAGUAUUACACGGGCUACAAGUGCAUCGCCACCAAUAUCCAUGGAUCCGCCGAGCACGAUAUGCAGCUGAAGGAGGCACGUGUGCCCGAUUUCGUUUCGGAAGCGAAACCCAGCCAACUGACCGCCACCACAAUGACCUUCGAUAUUCGCGGUCCGCCAACCGAAUUGGGUCUGCCCAUUUUGGCAUUCAGUGUGCAGUACAAGGAGGCCUUGAAUCCGGACUGGUCGUCGGCCUUCAAUCGCAGUUGGACACCGGAUUCGCCGUACAUUGUGGAGGGACUGCGUCCACAGACGGAGUACAGUUUCCGAUUUGCCGCCCGCAACCAGGUGGGACUGGGCAACUGGGGCGUCAAUCAGCAGCAGUCGACGCCGCGCCGAUCGGCUCCCGAGGAACCCAAGCCACUGCACAAUCCCAUCCAGCACGACAAGGAGGAGCCGGUGGUGGUCUCGCCCUACUCCGAUCACUUCGAGCUCCGCUGGGGCGUACCCGCUGAUAAUGGAGAGCCCAUUGACAAGUACCAGAUCAAGUACUGCCCGGGCAUCAAGGUCAGCGGCACAUGGACGGAACUGGAAAAAUCUUGCAACAGUGUGGAGGUCGUCGAGACCACUUCGUUCGAGAUGACCCAUUUGGAGGGCAACACCUACUACCGCAUCGAACUGAAGGCGCACAAUGCCAUCGGCUACUCGUCGCCGGCAUCCAUCAUUAUGAAGACGACACGAGGAAACGAUGUCAUCCAGGUGGCCGAGCGACAGGUCUUCUCCUCGGCGGCCAUCGUGGGCAUCGCCCUCGGCGGCGUUCUCCUGCUCCUGUUCGUGGUGGACCUCCUCUGCUGCAUCACCGUCCACAUGGGCGUCAUGGCCACCAUGUGCCGCAAGGCCAAGCGGUCGCCCUCGGAGAUCGACGACGAGGCCAAGCUGGGCAGUCUUUACGGUUGGCGAUUUCCGCUACCUUAUUGCAGUGGCCAGCUGGUAAAGGAGCCACCACCAUCGCCGUUGCCACUGCCGCCGCCCGUCAAACUGGGCGGUUCGCCCAUGACAUCGCCAUUGGACGAAAAGGAGCCGCUUCGCACGCCCACUGGCAGCAUCAAACAGAACUCGACCAUCGAGUUCGACGGCCGAUUCGUGCAUUCGCGCAGUGGCGAGAUAAUCGGCAAGAAUUCAGCGGUGUAAGGAGCUCUUACCGAAAUCCAGGACUCCGGAAUCCAACCAACCGCAUCGUGCACAAAAGGAGGAGGGAAUGAUAUAUUAUACUAUACAUACGAUGAUCUUGCGAGAACAAGCCAAAGCCAAAGCUGGGGGAAGAACACUUGAGUAUCGAUCGAUUGGCACACUAAGAUGGUUUUAAUUUACUUUCGUACACAGCGUAAAUCUUACUAAAUGUCUUACUAUAAACACAUACGAUAUCUUAAAAGCAUCUUAAAACAUUAAGCUCGAAAAACCGGUGAGCAAGCAAACAGAAAAGAUAGCCGAGAAAGAAUUAAGUCCAUGUCGCUUCAUUUUCUAGUUCAUAAAAGAAUUUUAUAUCGCUGCAUUUGCUUUGUUUCUCCUUAGUCACAAAAAGAAAACAUGAAAUUACAAAAUAACGAUGAACAAGAGCAGGAAGGGUAAAUAAAACAAGAAGAGAAGUUAAAGAAAGGACCUAGCUUAAGUAUAUAUAUGUAUGCAAGAAAGAAAUCUUAAAUUAAUGCCUUACAAACAAAAAUUACAUUUAUUUAGCAGUUAAAGCGAAAAGGAGGGAUUUAUGCAUGUAAGCCGCAAGGAAUGAGAACGAUUUCUUUAGUAUAACUAACUUAAACAUGCCAUAAAUAAGUUUUAACAUUAAGUUUGCCCCCCUGAUCAUCACCCCCACCAAUUCGUAGUACUUAAAACGCUGAACAAAAGACUUGCGAGCAUUUCUUUCCACACAAACAUGACAUUAAACGGAUAGUUGAGAUUGAGAUAGAACUCCUUGGUUUCCCGAUGCUAAUUCGUAUACUUAACCACCAGAAAGUGUAAUCCCACAGACGACACUUGAUGAAAAAUGCUCAAUGUACAUUAAUGUUGACGAAAUGAAUAUUUGAAAAUGUUUACAAACUGCUUAGCUACUUGAAAAAACGAAAAAAGAACGUCGUUUCCGGUUUAUCCCACACACAUUUUUAAAAACGCUGAGAAAAUGGAAACUGGCCGAAAUUAGAUGCUAAGUUGUAGAGAAAAAUGGAAAGCUACGAGAAUGCCAAACAACACAACACAACUCACUUAUCUUUCAUCCCACUUCCAUCGAACAACUGCAAAUCGCUCAGUUUGUGUUAAAAGUAUUUUCUUAUGUCUGUAAAAAUUAAACAAAUUGUAGUUAAGAGAUCUAAAACGCAUUAAUCUAACGGAUAUAUAAAUCUAAAAAUAUAUAUAUGUAUGUACAUGUAUUUAAAGUUACUCAUAAGUUUUUUUUUCUACACGAAACAAAUAAUACAAAAUAAAAGAAACAAAUUAAACGCGAACUAUACAGAUAUGUAACCACGCCGAUCUUAAUGUAUGUAUGUUAUAUCGCCAUCUCCAUGGAAAGCGCAUUUUUAUUUGACCCCCCCCAAAAAAUCCUUAAUCCUUUGCAGAGAUCCCCGAUUUUUCUGUUCGUUGCCAAUGAGCUUUGUAGCUUCUGUUGCCAGUUAAGUCAAGCGCCUUGUCAGAGCUUUUUACCUAUAAAAAUAUAUAUACAAACGAUACUAUACAAAACCCUAUCGAAUAACCCACAAAGCGAACCCAAAUCGAGAUUACAGGAGGCUACACACAUCUAUGCUCGUUAGAUUGAGAUUAAUGUGUAUAUGAAUUUGAAUUUGGAUGCGAUUGUUUUACGGACUGCUGUGCGGCAUAUGAAAUAUGUUUGCUAAAACACCGAACGGAUCUAAGAACUCGAUCGAUACCUUCGUUCGGCGGCAGAGUGUAGCUUUUUAUAUGAACUAAACUAAAAAUUGAUUGAAAAUUAUACACUGAAACUGAAACGGGGAAAAAUAAAGCGUAUUUACUG